AUGGGAACCACAGAAGCCACUUUGCGGAUGGAAAACGUGGAUGUGAAGGAAGAGUGGCAAGAUGAAGACUUCCCCAGACCUCUCCCAGAAGAGACGGGGAUGGAGUCGCUGGGCAGCCCUACGGAAGACGAGAAUACAUCCUCUCCCCCAAAUACUUUAAACUUUAACGGGGCGCAUCGUAAGCGGAAGACACUUGUUGCACCUGAAAUCAACAUUUCCCUGGACCAGAGUGAAGGCUCCAUUCUCUCCGAUGACUUCCUGGACACACCAGACGACCUGGACAUUAACGUGGAUGAUAUUGAAACUCCUGAUGAGACAGAUUCCCUCGAAUUCCUGGGGAACGGGAAUGAACUGGAAUGGGAAGAUGACACUCCUGUAGCUACAGCCAAGAACAUGCCUGGGGACAGCGCAGACUUGUUUGGGGACGGCGGGACGGAAGAUGGGAGUGCUGCUAACGGACGGCUCUGGAGGACUGUCAUCAUCGGAGAGCAGGAGCACCGCAUCGACCUCCAGAUGAUCAAACCCUACAUGAGAGUGGUGACACACGGAGGAUACUAUGGAGAAGGUCUCAAUGCCAUCAUUGUCUUUGCUGCCUGCUAUCUCCCGGACAGUAACCUGGCUGAUUACCACUACAUCAUGGAGAACCUCUUCCUAUACGUGAUCAGUAGUCUGGAGCUGCUGGUGGCUGAGGACUAUAUGAUCGUGUACCUGAACGGAGCAACGCCCCGGAGGAGGAUGCCAGGCCUCGGCUGGCUGAAGAAAUGCUAUCAGAUGAUAGACAGAAGGCUGCGUAAAAACCUCAAAGCAUUGAUAAUUGUGCAUCCUUCGUGGUUCAUCCGGACAGUGCUGGCGAUAUCCAGACCCUUCAUCAGUGUGAAGUUUAUCAAUAAGAUCCAGUAUGUCCACAGCCUGGAGGAACUGGAGCAACUUAUCCCAAUGGAGCAUGUGCAGAUUCCAGACUGCGUCUUACAAUAUGAAGAAGAAAGGAUCAAGGCCAGAAAAGAAAGGGCAGAAGAGAAACAAGACAUGGCUGAGAGGGAAAGCAGGCCUGUGCCGCCAGCAGAGGAUCAAGAAACCAG